AUGUUAGAAAUGGGAAGGAAUAUUCCGAUGAGGUUUGAGAGGUUAGCGGCGGCGUUUGAGAGUGAUGAGGCGGCGCGUGUGAGGUUAUGCGAAAGCAGUGGGAGCGAGCACUCGGCUGAAGACUCACCUGAUUUAUCAGAUCUUGUGAAAUCGUUCAUGGAGAAGAAUUCUGUGAGAGAAGAUUCGGUUGUUCAUGAUAACGAUGAUGGCGAAUUUGACUGGUAUGAUUCGGAGAAAAAGGAGAUACUGCAAGAGAUUUUUGGUGAUGAUGAUGAUGAUUAUAAUGUGAAGGAAAAGAUUAGAAGAGAGGUUGAAGUUGCAAUUGAGCUUGUUGCUGGAGAUAAAUCUUCACCGGGAUUCAAACGCCUCGUCAUGUCAAGUUUGCGGGAGAGAGGUUUUGAUGCUGGUCUCUGCAAAACAAGGUGGGAAAGGAAUAAAAAAUUUCCAUCUGGUGACUAUGAGUACAUUGAUGUAAAUUUCGGUGGAAAUCGAUACAUAGUUGAAAUAUCUCUUAUGGCUGAAUUUGAAAUAGCUCGUCCUAUAAAUCAAUAUGCUUCUUUACUUGAUGAAUUCCCUUUUGUAUUUGUUGGGAAAGUGGAAGAGCUGAAAAAGGUUGUGAGGUUGAUGUGCACUGCUAUUAAAGAUUCAAUGAAGACUAUAAAAAUGCAUACACCUCCAUGGAGAAGAAAUGGUUACAUGCAAGCUAAAUGGUUUAACCCUUACAAGAGAACAACUAAUGAGGUUGCUGCAACAAGAAAAUCCAUUGGAUUUGAAGCAUACAAUUGCAGAGAUAAUUUUGGGAGGAAGAGUGCUUUCAAAGUUGGGAAUUUGACUGCAGCGUUUAAUGUAGAUGGCAUUGGGAUGAAAUUAUAG